AUGAAGAUGCUUCUCAACUUGGUCAAAAGCCGUUUUCCAUCAUACCACCAAGCGACUACACAUACAAUCAAGUUGAACAGUAGAUCAUUCCAUCACUCAAACAUUAAUCUCGGCUUGAUCAAGCCCUUUUUGUUGGCAGAUAUUGGUGAAGGUAUUACUGAAUGCGAGAUUGUGCAAUGGUUUGUGGAGCCUGGAGCUACAGUACAAGAAUUUGAUAAAAUUUGUGAGGUGCAAUCUGAUAAGGCAUCGGUAGAGAUAUCCUCUCGUUAUGCAGGCAAUGUGGUCAAGUUGCAUUAUGGUAAACAUGACGUGGCCAAAGUAGGAUAUCCUCUGGUUGAUAUUGAGACAGAUGAAGAGGACACCGGUGAUGCUAGUCCAUCUCCGGUCAGUGCUUCCAGUCCAUCCGGUGCGGUGGAUACUGCUAGUACUGCCCCAUUGCCAUCACCAGCAUCCAACUACAAGACAAACUGGAUUACACCUGCUGUUCGUAGAUUGUUGAACCAAUACGGCAUACAAGUCAAGGAUGUGUCAGGUUCUGGAAAGAGUGGUAUGCUGUUGAAGGGCGAUGUUUUAAAGCACAUCAAGCUUGAUGGGCUUCAAAAAGUCGAGACAAAGACCCAUACCGAAACAGAUCAAACUGUCAGAUCCACAGAAGAGCCUGGGCAAACUGUCAAGUUAAAUGCAAUCCAGAAAGCCAUGUUCAAGACAAUGACCAAAUCCCUAUCGAUUCCUCAGCUGGGCUACAAGGAUGAGAUUGAGCUCAAUGCCACUUCGGAAUACCGAGAAGCGCUCAACAAGUACAUCAGCAGUCAGCCUGACCGAUUCCCCUUUAAAAAGAUCUCAUAUUUGCCCAUCCUCAUCAAAAGUCUAUCACUCUCUUUGUCCUACUUUCCAUUGCUGAAUGCCUACAUUGAAGAAUCUGACAACGGCAAGUCUACUCAGCUCGUUUACCGAGAAGCCCACAAUAUCGGCGUUGCCAUGGAUACGCCUCAAGGCUUGAUUGUCCCUAACAUCAAGAACGUCGAGCAAAAGACUAUUUUCCAAGUAGCCAGUGAAAUUCAUCGCUUGACUGAACUGGCCAAGAAGGGCGCUAUUCCACUUGCUGAUCUCAAAGGCGGUACCAUCUCUCUCUCCAACAUUGGAUCCAUUGGUGGCACCUACGCCAAUCCCAUCAUUGUCUCCAACGAGUUGGCUAUUGUGGCAUUGGGAUCUGCUCGACGAUUGCCUCGCUUCGAUGAGGCAUCACAGCAAUUUGUAGCCAAACAAAUCUUGCCAGUGAGUUGGUCUGCUGAUCAUCGUGUUGUCGAUGGAGCUACCAUUGCUCAGUUUGGCAAUACUUGGAAGAGUUUCAUAGAGAAUCCUGCAUUACUAGCUAGUAAAAUGCAUUAG